CGGUCCCGAAACUCUUGUUGCUCACCGAGCCAGGAAACCCAGACAGCCACCUGCAACACCCACAGCUGCUGCAGUUGCAGCUGGAGUUCUUGGGGCACCUGGAGCACCUGUUCGCCUGCAUGUAGUGGAGUGGGGACGACGACUCGGACAAGACAUCGGGACUCCUGCUGUUCGAGUCCCCGUUAUGACACUGAUACCAUGAUCUGUUUACCACUUCAACCGUGCCCCUGCUCGUGUUCGUGGGGGAACUGGCACACAUGGAGCUCAUGUUCACAGACAUGUGGAGAAGGCCGGCAGACCCGCACCAGGUACCGAGAUCGUGACUGCUGUCAGCCAAGCCACCAGGACAAGCAGGAAGACGCACGGUCCUGCCACAACCAUUGUGAUGCUGACGGACAUGAACAUGGUCAUGGUGGUUCGGCGACCUCCGUUUGGAGCACACCAGGAGGGAUCAUACUGGCCGUGAUCGUGGCUAUCGCGGUUGUGGCUGUUGUUGUUUUACUUUCAGUUAAAGUAUGUGCAUGUUGCUCCUUCAACAACGACAACAGGGUGUACGCGUGUAAUUUCUAGAAAACCCUCGAAAUGUUGACUUGUUUACGUUUCCUCACUGAAUUGGCUGUUAGUACUAACCAGUGGUUUCAUGUGUGUUUGUGUGUGAGUGUAUAUAACUAUCGGGUAUAUAUACGCAUUAUAUUUUUACAUACAUAUGUUCAACAUUACUUUGGAUCUCAAUAAGUAGCGAAAAGAGAAUGCGUAUCAAAUGCGUAUCAAAUAAUUAUGUGCUAAACCCUUGAAGUAUCGACCAACCGAAUUCAGAAAGUUAUGGCUGGGUUGAGAUGUUAAGAUGUUUACAAAGUAUAUGCCCUAAAACAGGAAGGAAUUCCUAUCAGGAAAUGUGAAACAAUAUCCUGAAUUAACAAUAUAUUUUAUUACAAUUCUGGAAUAGAAUUCCGUCGCAAGAUGGAGGGUGGGCUAUGAGCUGCCAUUUGAACAUGGUUGCAUUUUAGUCUUAGGCCAAAAAUCCAAGACGAUUUCUGUGGUACAUGCAUCUCAUGGACUGGGAACAUUAUAAUUCCAGGGUAGAGUUGUGCACUUUACUGUGUAAUAACUGUGUCAGUGAUAUCCUUUGGUUUACAAAUGUUGAGCUUUGGCUUGAUAUAAGUUUCUGUAAUAAGUGCAUACAGCUUGACAUGCAGUGCUGAACAUUAUGAAAAACACAUGUGUAUUUCUUUUUAGUAUGUUUCACUGUAUGACUAUUACUGAGCAUGUUCAUUUUAUCUUUAAACAUUUAGUUGAAUCUAUGUAUCAAUCUGUUCAUGUCUGGGAUUAAAUCGUGGUCAUAUAUAAAGUUGGUCGGUUGCUGUAUUCAAUUACUCUCAUCAUGAGGUUAAACUUUGAUAAACAAGUAUCAAACAUAAAGCCGUUAUACAUACAACUAAGCCUUAACCUUGAUCAUGGCUGAUAUUAAACAAAUUCUUGCAUUUGUAUAGUUUGUUAACAAACCAUUCAGUAGAAUUCGUCAUUACAUUAUUUAGUCAAAUGUUGUCUAUUUUGUUGCCGCUUACUUUGCCUUGUCAUAUACGAUUGAAAAGUAGUUUACACUAGUGUUGUGUAAAUAGGUUGUGCAUGUACGUACAUGUCUGCUCAGUUGAGGUGGUGUAUACUGCCUCUUUAUGAUUUUAAUACAGCUUUCUAUGGACCUUGUAUUUGCAACUAUAGUCGAUUUAAAUUGAUAACUGUUGAUAGAUAUUGCCAUAGUCUGUCCUGUUACACUCUCCUUUUAUAACGUUGACUGAAAUAGGGGAAUAUUGUAUGUGCCCUUAUGUUGGAAUACAUGUAUUAUGGAAAGUAACAGAGGGAAAUACAUGUACAAAAACAUGUUCUACUUGAAAAUGAGAUUACAUUCCACCAUUAGAAACUGGAUCAAGUUGCCUCUUGAUUUAUGAGGCUCUUCGAGAAAAUAAAGUCAACUUCACAUAUCAAAUA